AUGGAUUUCAAAGACGGGAAGCCACUGGCAGCAACGCCUAGCGCUGGGAGAGCGUCCACAGCAGAGGCUCACGACACAGUGAACGCUUCCGGGCAUACUCAAGAACUCGAGCGCAAUUUCAGUUUGGUAUCAUUGGCUGGCGUGGGACUUGUAGUUGGUAAUGUGUGGCCAGCUGUAGGAGGCAGCAUUCUGGUCGCCCUAUACAAUGGCGGCCCCCCAGGCGUAUUGUUCGAGUUCAUAACAGUGUCUUUCUUUUAUUGGAUCGUUGCUCUUUGCAUUGCCGAACUGGCUUCGGCCAUUCCAUCUUCCGCCGGCGUCUAUCACUGGGCCACCGUCACACCUGGGAAGCGAUGGGGCAGGAUCGUCGGCUACUUCGCAGGAUGGUGGAACUACCUUGCAUGGGUGUUUGGCGCAGCUUCCAUGGCUGCCAUCAUUGGCAACACUGUCGUCCAGAUGUACGCGUUGAACCAUCCCGACUUUGUGGCUGAAAGUUGGCAUGUUUUCGUCGUCUACAUAAUCGUCACCUGGAUGGCUUGUCUUUCUGUCUGCUUCUUCAACCGCGCCAUGCCAUACCUUAACAAUGUGGGCAUAUUCUUCAUCCUAUCCGGUUUCCUGAUCACCAUUGUUGUCCUUGCGGUCAUGCCCAGUCGCAAUGGUACAUCCCACGCGACUAGUUCCUUCGUGUGGACCGAAUGGUCAGCAGAUAUUGGCUACCCAUCAGGCUUCGUAUUUGUGGGUGGUAUGCUCAAUGGCGCUUUCUCCGUUGGUGUACCGGAUGUAGUGUCGCAUCUUGCGGAGGAGAUCCCAAACCCGGCCAGAAACGUCCCGAUUGCUAUUGGCCUACAAAUGGGCAUAGGUUUCAUCACAGGUUUUGCAUACUUGAUCAGCAUCAUGUACGCAAUCAACGAUUUCGAUGCCCUCUUCGAAGUCGCGUACCCGAUCGCCGAGAUUUACCGCCAGGGCACAGGCUCAGCAGCAGGAGCGAUUGGGCUUCUGUUCCUCGUCCUGAUUUGCGUUUCGAUCUGCCUCGUGGGACUCUUCAUCACAUGUGGAAGAACACUCUGGACUUUGGCGAGAGACAACGCCACACCGUUUUCGGGGCCGUUUUCCAAGGUCCACCCCACACUCCACGUGCCCGUCAACGCAACUAUAGUCAGUGCUGUCUUUGUGACAAUCCUUGGGUGCAUCUACGUGGGCAGUACAACCGCCUUCAACGCUUUUGCGGGUAGCUACAUCUGCAUGUCGUCAUCUUCGUACAUUGCAGCUAUCCUUCCACAUCUCUUGACCGGGCGCAAGAACAUCACCUACGGAACAUUUCAUUUGAACAAAGGACCCCUAGGCUUCAUUCUCAACGCCAUCGCAUGCGCCUACAUGAUGAUUUGGUUCGUCAUCUAUUGCUUUCCUUUCUCACUACCCGUUGAUGCGUCAACCAUGAACUACGCAUCUUUGCUAUGGGGAGGGUUGUCGAUAUUUCUAUUGAUUUGGUGGUUUGUCGGAGCUCGAAAAGGCUACGAGGGCCCUAGGACUACCGGUGGUAUGACUGAGGCGGACUUGUCAAGAGAUCUGGCUCGCGAUGCUGCCCAUAACAUCGCUUAA